UCCGGAUGUCAAACAGCUGACACACUUCCAUCCAUUUACCUUGUAAUGGUCGUCUGCAAGUAGAUAGAGCCGUUCUAUGACCAUUCAAAGUAGAUUUCGACAUGCCAUUCAAACAGACAAGAUGACAGCCUUUGUGUCGUGAGAAGACAUGGCAACCAUAGAUGGAGUGGAGUCGGACUUUGAGGUCUUGGACUGUCGUGUCAUUCCAGAUGAUGUGGAUAAUCUCACCCCACUGAGUCUGGCAUGUAAACAAGGCAGUGUGGAAAUGGUCAAGUUGUUAGUGAAAGAUGGAGCAGAUAUAGGUGCCCCUGGAAAUGAUGGUAAGACAGCCCUGCAUUACACUUGUGAAGGAGGGAACAGAAUUAUAGAUGGAAAUGAUGAUGAGAAGACAGACGAUUUUUUAGAAAUUCUACAAUUUUUGCUUGACAGUGGUGCUAAUGUAGAUUGGAAAGACAAUAUGGGCCGGACACCUUUGUUCACGGCAUGUGAAGCUGAUGAUAUAGAAAUGGUAUCAUUGUUAGUAAGACAUAACUGUGAUGUCAACAUUCAAACUGUAGAUGGUGAUUGUCCAAUCAGAGUUACAUGUCGUAACGCUAAAUUCUGGACCUAUCGACCAGGUUCAAAUAAUCUCAGCCAAAACAACCCAAGUGAAUUCCCACCGAUACAGAUCACAAAGGUAUUGCUACAGGCAAAUGCUGACAUAUCUAAGGCAACGCUAUUGCCAACAGCUGUGCAAUACAAAGAUGUAGGGCUAGUUCGAGAGCUGUUGGAACUCGGCAUGGACAUCAACAUGUUGGAUGAUAAUCAAUGCACACCACUGGGUGCUGCCUGCUCCUCUGUCAACGUGCCAUGUAACAUUGUAAAACUUCUACUGGAGCAUGGUGCUGAUGUAAACAAAGGUGGUGGUUGGAGGAAACAGAAGCCUCUCAUAUUUGCUUAUGUUCACAAUUCUGUAGAAAAGAUACGAUUGCUUCUUUCAUAUGGGGCAUCCCUUACUCCAGAUGAAAUGACAGAACUGGUAUCUUUAAGCUUUUCCAAAUCUAUUCUUGAAAACCCAGAAGUGAUCGGUCCAUAUAGCAAAGAGUUGAUGUCCUGGCGCCUGUUGCUGGCUGCUGGCUUUCAGCCUUCAAGUCAAAGUGCACAACUGACGUACAAGAUGCAGCAGCUUAAUAUCUGUAGUAGUUAUGAAAAGAUAUCACCAUGGAUACAGAGCAUGCUUUACCCACUGUAUUCUUUGAAGGAGAUCUGUCGCAUCUCCAUAAGAAAUGGCAUACCUGCCAGCAUUGAUGAUAAUAUAAGGAAAAUGACACUGCCUAAAUCCUUGAAAGACUACCUUUUAUUUAAUGAAUUUGCAACAGCAGAAUCACAAACAAAGUAGGCCAUCAAUUCAUGGCAUAUGUGAAAGUUUGUCAUUUAUGACUUAUGUAUUACAUAGAUAUUAGGAGUCUUAGACAGUAUGUUGCUGAUCCAAUAGUUAGUCACAGUUUUCCUGAAAAUAAUUAAAUUUUAAAAAAAAAUUUGAUAUUGAAUCUAUUUCAGAAAAAAUGGAUCUUUUUUAUGUUCCUUUACAUUGGGUUUUUUUUAGAUUACCUGGUCUGAAGGCGUCUAUCAACGUUUUACUAAAAAUUACUAUAGUUUUGAACAACUGAACAGAUUUUGACCAAAUUUAGUCAGAACCAUCCUUGUGGAACGAGGAACCAAGUUUGCAUAGAUAUUGAUUGUCCAAAUUUGGUCUGAAUCAUAUUUAGGUGAAGGGGGAAUCAAUCUUGUAUAAACAUUAGGCCUCAGCUCCCUGGGGCGGUUGGACUAGCACCCAGUAAGGAAAAAAAGAGUAAAUUUAAAAAAAUCCUAUUCCUCCUGUAGGAAUGAAUAGAUAUUCCCAAAUUUGGUCUGAAGCAUUCUUGGGUGAAGGAGAAUCAAUCUUGUAUAGACAGAAGGUCUCGACCCCUGGGGAAGGUGGGAUGGGGCCAAAUAGGGGAAAUAGAGUAAAUAGUUUGAAAGCCAACCCCUCCAGUAGGAAUGAUUUGAUUUCGCCUUAAGUUGACCUAAAGCAUUCUUGUGUAAAUGAAUAUUUUCGUAAAUGAUAGGUCUUUGACUCUGUGGACAGGAGGGGCAGGGCAUAUAGAGCAAAUUCUUUAAAUCAUACUCUUCCGGUAGAAAUGAUUGGAUUUUGCCCAAAUUUGGUCUGAAGCAUUCUUGGGUGAAAGGGUAAUCAAUUUGCAUAGAUAGUAGGUCUAGAUCUCCAUGCAUGGAAGGGGCAGGACCUAAUUUUGGAUAUUAUUUAAAAUCCUUUAUCUUCUUUAUGAAUGCCUGGAUUAUGUCCCAAUUUGGUUUGAGGCAUGUUUGGGUGAAGGGGAUUUAUUGCGUAUGCAGCCUGUCUUGGCUGCUGGGUGUGAGAGCAGCAAUAUUUUACCAAAAUUUGAUCUAAAGCAUCCUUGGGUGAAGAAAACAUUGUUUUGUAUUAACUCUGCAUCUGACCCCCUUUGGAGCAGAGAGGUGGGGUCUUUCAGUGGAAAUAGAUACAAGUCAUUUGUGUUGUAUAUACUUUUUCUAUAGUUUAAAUCAGUAAACUAAAUCAGGUGAGUGAUACUGGCCUUAUGGGCCUUUUGUGUUUAUUACUACCCUAAGUAUUAUAUCCAUAGUAGUUGAUGAAAAAAUGGUGCUGUUCAUUUCAGUUUGACUUUGAAGAAAAUGCAGGAAAGACACUUUCCUCUAAUUGAUGAGCCUCUUGUGUGUUAUUCAUUUAGGUAGCCACCUACUACUACAUGAGUGUACUUCAAAACCUCAUCCCAAAAUGGUCUUGGCUGUCCCUUCAGUGAAAAAAGCAGUCAUGUAGAAAAUAUGUGUCCUUGAAUGUGAAAAAUCUCAAUUAUUGAUAUUCUAAACAUCUUCUAUAUAUUUUGUUGACUUCAAGUGAUUCAAGGACUACAUAUUUUGUAGCUAGGACCUAGGACAAAAGUUUUAUGAAAGGACAAAAGAAAUGUGUUAUUAUUUAAUGUUGAAUUUAUAUGAAGUUUGAAUAUCCAUCAGAGGCUUUGCUUGCUUGUAUACUGCCAAAACACUUAUGUUUUUAUCAUGCAAUCAAAGCUAGUAUGUUUACUAUAAAUGCUACAAGCAUUAAUUUGCAAUAUUGCAUAAAAGAAUCAAAUAUUAGUAUUUGUAAAUUUAUAAAUACUCUAAUGAUAGUAUACCUAGUAUAUAUUAUUUCAUUGUAUUUAACUGAAUGUGCUGUAUUGUAGUGUUACAUUUGUCUUUCCAAAAGACCCUUGUUAAAUGUUUUAUUUAGAUACAAUGUAUAAUAUUGUACUGCUGAAGAAUCAAUUGAAUAUUGUAUAUUAUUUGGCAUACCAUGAUGCCAGUCUGUAUGUCAAUUUUUUAUACAAAUUGGUACUAGUCAUGAAUGACUAAGCAGAUUUUGUGCUUAUUUGGUCUUAAGCAUUUAUGGAAGGGGAAUCAGUUUUGGGUCUCAGCCCCCUGGGAAUGAGGAGG